AUGGCCGAAGAUUUGUUUGACGGUGCUAUUGGCAUUGAUCUCGGUACCACCUACUCCUGUGUUGGAGUCUGGCAAAACGACCGUGUCGAAAUCAUCGCCAAUGACCAGGGUAAUCGCACGACCCCAUCAUACGUCGCCUUCUCCAACGAGGAGCGUCUCAUUGGUGAUGCCGCCAAAAACCAGGCUGCGAUGAACCCUCGGAACACAGUCUUCGAUGCCAAGCGCCUGAUUGGUCGUCGAUUUGACGACCCAGAUGUCAAGAAGGACAUGACACACUGGCCAUUCGAGGUCGUUGAGAAGGACGGAUCUCCUCUGAUCAGGGUCCAAUAUCUCAACGAGGACAAGACCUUCAGCCCUCAGGAAAUUUCAUCUAUGGUGCUCUCCAAAAUGAAGGAAAUCUCUGAGGCUAAGCUCGGCAAGACCGUCAAGAAGGCUGUCGUCACUGUCCCCGCCUACUUCAACGACUCUCAACGUCUUGCUACUAAGGAUGCUGGUGCCAUCGCUGGUCUUGAUGUUCUCCGUAUCAUUAACGAGCCCACUGCGGCCGCCAUCGCCUAUGGUCUCGAUCGUCAAUCCAAGGCUGAGAAGAACGUUCUCAUCUUCGAUCUUGGAGGAGGAACCUUCGAUGUUUCGCUCCUCAACAUCAGCGGUGGUGUGUUCGCUGUGAAGGCCACUGCCGGAGACACCCAUUUGGGUGGUGAGGACUUCGACAACACCCUCUUGGAGCACUUCAAGAAUGAGUUCAAGAGGAAGACCAAGCUUGACAUCUCUGAGGAUGCUCGUGCCCUCCGCCGUCUCCGCAGUGCUUGUGAACGUGCCAAGAGGACACUCUCGAGUGUCACCCAGACCACGGUUGAGGUCGACUCUCUCUUCCAGGGUGAGGACUUCUCCGCCAACAUAACUCGUGCUCGCUUCGAAGAGAUCAAUGCUGCCAUGUUCAAGUCCACCCUCGAGCCCGUCGAGAAGGUCCUGAAGGAUGCUAAGAUGGCUCGUGAGAAGGUCGACGACAUUGUCCUUGUCGGUGGUUCCACUCGUAUCCCCAAGAUUCAGGCCCUUGUCUCUGAAUACUUCGGUGGUCGCCAAUUGAACAAGUCCAUCAACCCUGAUGAAGCCGUUGCCUACGGUGCUGCUGUCCAAGCCGCCGUCCUCACUGGCCAGACUUCUGACCAGACCAAGGAUCUCCUACUCCUUGAUGUGGCCCCCCUUUCCCUUGGUGUUGCCAUGCAGGGCGACGUCUUCGGUGUCGUCGUCCCCCGUAACACUCCCAUCCCCACCAACAAGUCGAGAACGUUCACGACCGUCGAGGACAACCAGACCACUGUCACCUUCCCUGUCUACGAGGGUGAGCGCACCCAGUGCCGCGACAAUCGUCUCCUCGGGGAGUUCGAGCUCACUGGGAUUCCUCCCAUGCCCCGCGGACAGGCCGAGCUCGUCACCACUUUUGAGGUCGAUGCCAAUGGUCUCCUCAAGGUAUCUGCCAUGGACCGCGCCUCUGGCCGCAAAGCCUCCAUCAGCAUCACCAAUUCCGUCGGUCGUCUCUCUACAGCUGAGAUUGAUCAGAUGAUCAAGGAUGCUGAACAAUUCAAGGCCGCUGACAAGGAGUUCUCUGCCCGGCAUGAGGCCAAGUCCGACCUCGAGGCUUACGUCCAUCAGGUUGAGAGCACUAUCACCUCACCUGAAAUCGGCAUGAAGCUCAAGCGCGGAGCUAAGGGCCAGGUUGAGGCUGAGCUCGCUCGUGCGCUCGAGAAGCUCGAGAUCGAGGACACCACUGCUGAUGAGCUGAGGAAGGCACAACUGGGCAUCAAGCGUGCCCUCCAAAAAGCCACCGCCGGCAUCCGGUAA